AUGUUACAUAGCAAGAUGCAGAAGGCGCUGCACUAUGUUCAGCACUGGUGCACAUCGAAGGGCCUGAGGGUAAACCCAGACAAAUACCUAGGUAUUUGGCUCGACAAGAAGCUCAGCUGGAAAAAGGAUAUCGCCAUGCAGACCAACAAGGUCACUAUGACAUACUGGGCAUGCAGGCGAAUGUUCGGAAGAACAUGGGGUCUAAGGCCGAGGAUGGUCAAAUGGAUCUACACGGCCAUAAUGAUCCCACAGCUUACGUACGCAGCCGUAGUGUGGAGAUCAGCCUUGAAUAAGGCCUGCUACAGGAAAGCGGUGGACAGAGUAGGCAGGCUUGCGAUGCUGGGCAUAACAGGGGCCCUUCGAACGACCCCGAGCUCAGCAUUGGAGGCCCUGCUCUUCAUGCAACCGCCACACCUAAUUAUAACGGCGGAGGCGACAAAAGCGGCUGCAAGAUUGGGGCUGCAGGGAACGUGGAAGGGAGCCAGGAACGGUCAUGCUAGUGUCCUCCGCGCAGACAGCGAGCUGGAAGGGAUGGGGGGAAACCCGUCAGGAAAGGACGCGGACUGGGCGCCGCCCCGUGGACUAGUCUGGUAUACGGAUGGAUCACGGGCGAGCGGACGGACAGGAGCGGGGGUCUGGUCAGAGGGGCCCGCAAUAGCGAGGGCCAUCGGGCUGGACUCGGACGCAACCGUGCGCCAGACUGAGCUGGCUGCCCUAAGGACCUGCGCCAGAAUGAUCCUGGAGAGAGGGGACAAGGGCAAAAAGAUCUUCAUUUACUCAGACAGCAGACGCGCGCUGAGGGCAAUACUCAAUGGCUUGGAUUCCGGGCCACGCUGGCAGCUAACAAAGAACGGAAGCAGAAGGGCCCUUCAGGGGGAAGUGGAGCACGUUGGCGUGCACACCCACUUUGUGAAGGACCUGGUCAGGGAGCGUGGGGACAGGAGGAUUGUGGACAGGUGGGACUCAGAGACGGUCGCCAGACACACGAAAUCCCUCUUGGAAAAACCCACUAGGAAGAUUGCAGUAACUUUGUUGAGCCUAAACACGGCUAAGCUCCGUGUUAUAGUGGGGCUUAUCACCGGACAGUGGCACCUGGCUCUAUUCGGGUUGACGGAGGAGGAUCCUCUUCACCUAUGCACAAUAUGCAGCGGGCUCGAUGAAGCCAGGUGGGAUGUUUUUGGGUCUGCAUGCAAAGAUAGACUUGUCGACAGGGACGGGAUCAAGGGGCUCUAUGAGUUAGCUCGUAGGGCCCAGAUACUCGAGACCAGCGACUAG